AUGCAAUUGUGGAAAAACUGGCAAAGCCUGGUUUUUCAUCCUGAUAGCAUUUCAACGAAUGUGAACCUUCAAAACUAUGGUUCUGCAAAGACAGCAGAAGGAAGUCCCGCAAAUAGGAGGCUUCUGCUUUGCUAUGAUAUAAUCUUGAAAGAUAAUUAUGAUGGAAGCAUAAGCACAGAAUUCAUCAAGAAGAACUUGGAAAGCUUCAGUUAUUUUGAGUUUUGUAAAUCAUUUCCCGAAUUAUUCAGAGACGAACAAGAAUGCUUAAGAGUACUAAAAAGAAUUCUUGAGUCGAUUGCUAUUGGAAAAUCAAACUCGAGAAUAAUGAAGAGGAAAGUUAGAAAAAUCUUGGGUGACUUUGAAAUAUAUUUUACUUUGAAUCUGGUCAAAGACAAAGAUGUCAAUGCGCUUCUUUUACGAAAAAAAUUCAGAAUAGCAGCAACUGAAAAGCCAUAAGAGAAAACAUCCACAUCCAAAAUGUUGGAUCAAAGUCUUUUAAAGGUAUAAUAUACUCUAUAAGAUAACACCUAUCUUAUUGGUUCUUUUAAUAGAUAUGGACGAUGAUACUUCUGAUUCUGCAUAUACGGGAAGGGAGAGUACUCUUAGCACAGACUCAACACCACGGCGAAAACAUUAUGCAAAAAAAAAAAAAACAAAAAAAAAACAUAAUUGUUCAG